AGCGAAACAAUAACAGUUGUGGUGAGACUUUAUAUCUCAGCUCUAGGGCAAGUAGUUACAGGUUGGGUUUAUCAAGCUUUCGAGGAAAUUCGACAUUUCCUCUGACCCGUUGUGUCCAAGCCACUUUUAAUGAGAUUAGGUCCCUUUAGUAUAGAAUCUUUUUUUUCUACAGUAGCCUAGCUGUGCAGGAGUGGCCAGAUCCAAAAGCAGCUUUUCAGAUCAGAUUUCACAUAAACCAGCUGGGAGAGAGAACGGGAGGGCUGUCAUUCUCCUUCCUCUCCGAUCCAGAAGAGCUCAUAUAGGGGAAAAGAGAGGGAGAAGCAGUGUGAGGGCGAAAGAGUGGAAGAGAAGGCAGGAGGAUCCAAAGGAAUUUCCAAGGAUAUUUCUUCUGUCGCCGUUCAGGAAAAAGUGUUUGUCAGUUGGGGGCGAGGCAAAGACCGUGGUCAAGGAUGGACGAGCAACCUAGGUUGAUGCACUCCCACGGACUGGGGAUGGCCGGACACCCUGGCCUGGCGCAGCAUAUGCAGGAUGGCACUGGAGGGACAGACGGAGAGGGAAGGAAGCAGGACAUCGGAGACAUAUUACAGCAAAUAAUGACCAUUACAGACCAAAGCCUGGACGAAGCGCAGGCCAGGAAACAUGCACUGAAUUGUCACAGGAUGAAACCGGCACUCUUCAAUGUCUUGUGUGAAAUUAAAGAGAAAACAGUGCUCAGUAUCCGUGGCGCCCAAGAGGAGGAGCCGCCAGACGCCCAGCUCAUGCGAUUGGACAACAUGCUCCUGGCAGAGGGUGUGUCGGGACCAGAGAAAGGGGGUGGCUCUGCGGCGGCCGCAGCAGCUGCAGCAGCAGCAGGAGGCGUGGGGCCGGACAACUCAGCCGAACACUCAGAUUACCGGGCCAAACUGACCCAGAUUAGGCAGAUAUACCACACAGAGCUGGAGAAGUACGAACAGGCCUGUAACGAGUUCACUACCCAUGUGAUGAACCUGCUGAGGGAGCAGUCUCGGACACGUCCCAUCUCGCCCAAGGAGAUCGAGCGCAUGGUGGGCAUCAUCCACCGCAAAUUCUCCUCCAUCCAGAUGCAGCUGAAGCAGAGCACCUGCGAGGCCGUCAUGAUCCUGCGCUCCAGAUUCCUUGACGCCAGACGGAAGAGGAGGAACUUCAAUAAGCAGGCAACGGAGAUCCUGAAUGAGUACUUCUACUCUCACCUCAGUAACCCCUACCCCAGUGAGGAGGCCAAGGAGGAGCUGGCCAAGAAGUGCAGCAUCACAGUCUCCCAGGUAUCCAACUGGUUUGGUAACAAGAGAAUCCGAUACAAGAAGAACAUUGGUAAAUUUCAGGAGGAGGCCAACAUGUACGCAGCAAAGACGGCUGUGAGUGCAACGAGCGUGUCUGCUCAAGGCAGCCAGGCCAACUCACCCUCGACCCCCAACUCAGCAGGUUCUGCUGGCUCUUUUAACAUGUCCAAUUCCGGAGACUUGUUCAUGAGUGUGCAGUCUCUCAAUGGGGACUCGUACCAGGGGGGGCAGGUGGGAGCCAACAUUCAGUCCCAGGUGGAUACUCUUCGCCAUGUUAUCAGCCAGACAGGAGGAUACAGUGACAGCCUUGCUGCCAACCAGCUGUACAGUCCACAGGGCAUCAACACAAACGGUGGCUGGCAGGAUGCCCCAACCCCCUCGUCAGUGACCUCACCCACAGAAGGACCCGGAAGUGUUCAUUCGGACACCUCCAACUAAAUAUUUCACAUUUCUAAAUCAUACCCCACAACAAUGAACUGGCUUUGCCAAUCACAGUGUUAAAGAUGUACAGAGCCUAAUCUACAGAAUCUUCUAGUUGGGAGGGGUGCUGCAGGAUCCUAACUUACAACCUUACAACCUUUCUUAAGCUGCUGAUGGACAUUUGGGAUACAUUCAGCAUCUUUCAGAAUAAAAAAAAAGAUAAAAACAACAACAAAAAGGAAUAGCAAUGAUGUUUGUACAGACUUCACAAGAUGUUCAGAGAGUAAGGAUUACAUAGAUAUUUACCUGAUAAGAUAAAAUCCAUAAAACUUUGAUUGACAAAUGCUUUAUUCUACCUCUCUGGCAACUAAAAGGUAAAUUGUCAGAAUGUUAUUUGUUUGGAAAUAACAUAUUUGUGAGCAAGAGGCUCCCCAUCAUGAUUGAUUUUGCAGUCUUUUCCCUAUUCAAUUGUAUGUCAUAUAGAUGUGGCUCCCCUGUUUACAGUGUGUGCUUGUAAAACUUGCUUUUGCCCUCUACAACAAGGAAGACUCAAAUUAAACUUUUUAGUGUUUUCCUACUGCCCCAAACCUAAUGGAAGACGCAGGUCCACCUGGUGCAUACAGCGUGACUAGCACUGGUUGCAGGACAUUUGCAACAUAUUGAUACGAGGUGGCCAAAUUAUGUAAUGGAAAUUGACCUUCCACAGUCGGUGUUUGUCUUCCUGGUUUAGCUCUUGUAAGCUCACCUUCCCUCUAUAACCUAUCAAAAUGUGUGUGUCUGCCGUGGAUUCCAGGAGGGCCUGGAAACCUUCUGUCCAACCUGUUGUCUGUUGAGGGCUUGUGAACUUGAGGGAAUAUUUGAUCUUUCGUCUCCCCCAGAAAGGUAAACCUGUGAAAUAUGUCAUGUGUAAAACUAAAAUAAAUACCUGUCAUCAACAAUCCAGAUGAGCUCGAUUCAAAUCAUUCAUUGGGACGAGAGUACAAACAGGGUUUAAGUCUCAUGCUCUGGUUGGGUGCUGCAGCCAAUAACAGUAGAGUAAAUGGUGAGGGUGGCGGAAUCAUAAAGUCUUUAUUGUAUUAUCUCAUGUAAUUUCCUCGCUUGACCUCUCACUUCACAUUUGUUUAGCUUUGUGCUUCUGCACUUGUAUAACCCAUUCUAAAUUGUCCAAGACUAAAUCAUGUUGAUCUUCAAUUUUAUCAAACUUUGAAGCGGCUGAUCCAACCACCCCUUCACAAAAACUGAGAUUCGACAGUGCAGUAAAAGCAACUAGAUUAUUACAAGUUUGUAUUUUCUCACAGACUGCAAUUUUAGAAAGGCAGAUACUUUUCAAUAUUGCCAAAUGUAGCUAUAAACCAAAACACAGUUUGACAUGUCCAUCCAAAGUUUAUUUUAUCACAGUGCCAUUCAUGUUAAUCCACUCCUGUAUGUUUCAUCACUCAUCAUAAUGAUGUUGCUGUAUAGCUCUUGAAAAAUAGGAGCCAUCUGAACUAUGUCUAAUUGAACAAUAUUGUUGAACUGUCCGGUAGAAAAAUAAUUUCAGCAGAAAAAUGUCUUUCAAGGUUCUGUUUAACUAAGUUUGUUUUUCAGUACAUUAAAUCAGAAUCCAUUUAAACAGGGAAGUCGUUAUGAUAAUAUAAUUUCAACAGUAACACUUGCUCUAUUAAGCAGAUAACAGGUAACACCAGGUCUGAACUUUAGGCCAGGAGAUGGUUUUUGCUCUAUCGAUUAAGAAUAAUUUUCUCAAUAUGUAUUCUAAUUCCCCCUUUGUGACAACACAAUGCUUUUCAAUACUUUUCACAAUAGAGCGAUAACUCCCAACAGCCAGUUGUAAUGGUAUUUAUUCAUUUUAGUUAAUUUUAUUAACAUUAGUUUCCUGUAACAUGCUUGAGUUACUGGUAUUGGUAUCAAAAACAAAAGGAAAUUCAGACUUUUCAAUUGAUUAUUAUCCAUAUUUAGAAACCAUUCUAAACGCUAACAACCAUAAUAUGGAACAAAAAAGGGAAAUUCAUUUGUCAGGAAUCUUUUUCACAUUUUACACCAUUUUUAUAUUGUUGUGUGGGAUAUAUGUUUUAGUGUAUUUUCUUUUCUAUUGUAUGCUACUGUUGUAUACUUGCUUUCCCACCUAUGUGAAUUCAUUCAUGUUCUUAGCUCAUGUGUUUAUGUGCACCAUAGUGCUUGACUUGCUUUGUUGAAAAAGGGAUUAAAAUGCGAUCUAAUACAACACAACCAAGAAGU